AUGGACCUGAGUGCCAGUAAGUCCAGCGAUUCUGAGGAAGACUUCGCAGAGGAAGAGGAUUCGGGGGAGGAGUGUGUGAAAGAGGAAGCUGCCAUCCCUUCUAAACCUUUGCAACAGGCAGUCUCAAAGACAAAUGAGAAUGGGGUUCGCUUAGCCAUUGUAGCCAAAAAAAUUCCAAAGAAAAUUAUAGCCACAACUGACACAGAUGAAGCUGGAAGGCGGAAGAGAAAGCGGAAACGCAGACCCCUGACUAUCAACCUGACCAACUGCAAGUAUGAGAGCGUGCGACGAGCAGCAGAGAUAUGUGGCUUGAAGGAGGUGGGGGAGGACGAAGAGUGGACUGUGUACUGGACAGACUGUUCUGUCUCACUGGAACGAGUCAUGGACAUGAAGAGGUUUCAGAAAAUCAACCACUUCCCUGGUAUGACUGAAAUCUGCCGCAAAGAUCUGCUGGCCCGGAACCUCAACCGCAUGCAGAAGCUGUAUCCCACCGAGUACAACAUCUUCCCCCGAACCUGGUGUCUCCCGGCAGAUUAUGGGGACUUCCAGUCCUAUGGUCGCCAGAGAAAGACCCGAACUUACAUCUGCAAGCCAGACAGUGGCUGUCAGGGCCGGGGCAUCUUCAUCACCCGGAACCCCCGGGAGAUCAAGCCUGGGGAGCACAUGAUCUGUCAGCAGUACAUCUCCAAGCCCUUUCUCAUUGAUGGCUUCAAGUUCGACAUGCGAAUCUACGUCCUAAUCACAUCCUGUGAUCCUCUUCGCAUCUUUAUGUACGAGGAGGGCCUGGCCCGUUUUGCCACCAUGCCCUACGUGGAGCCCACCCAUAACAACCUGGAAGAUGUCUGCAUGCACCUAACCAACUAUGCCAUCAACAAACACAAUGAGAAUUUUGUGCGGGAUGAGUCCAUGGGCAGUAAGAGGAAGCUGUCGACCCUCAACGCUUGGCUACGCGAGCACAACUACGACCCCCGAGAGCUGUGGGGGGACAUUGAAGAUAUCAUCAUCAAAACCAUCAUCUCGGCCCACUCUGUUCUCCGCCACAACUACCGAACCUGUUUCCCCCAAUAUCUGAGUGGAGGCACAUGUGCCUGCUUUGAGAUCCUUGGUUUUGACGUCUUGCUGGACCACAAGAUGAAGCCGUGGCUGCUGGAGGUAAACCACUCUCCGAGCUUCACCACCGACUCCCGUCUCGAUCGGGAGGUGAAGGAUGCACUUCUGUGUGAUGCCAUGACGCUCGUGAACCUGAGGGGUUGUGACAAGAAGAAGGUGCUAGAGGAGGAAAAGCGGCGCAUGAAGGAGCGCCUUUUUCAGUACCACCUGCCGCUGCGGGAGAACAGGCAAGAACAGAUUGAGUCAUCCCAGGCAGCCAUGCUGGAUCAGGAGCGAUAUGAAGACUCCCACCUCGGGGGGUACCGGAGGAUCUACCCUGGGCCUGACUCAGAGAAGUAUGAGCCCUUCUUCAAGCACAAUGGCUCCCUCUUCCAGGAGACUGCUGCCUCCAAGGCCAGAGAGGAGUGUGCCAGGCAACAACUGGAAGAGAUUCGUCAGAAGCAGGAACAGCAAGAGAACUUGAGCACCAAAAAGAGAAAGGAAAACAAGGACCAGAUCCAGGGAGAAUCAGCUGGGGAGAAGAACCGGUGCAAGGCAGGGGCCCGGGCACUCUACACUCACUUGGUUUACAGAAACCGACACCAGGAAAAAGAGCUGCUACCAGUACCAGACACCAUGCAGCCUCAAGAAAUUGUGGAAGAGGAGGAGCUAGAGCGGAUGAAGUCCAUGCUACAGAGGGAGAAUCUUAUCAGAAGCCUGGGUAUUGUAGAGCAGCUUCACCGAAUGCUGCACCUUAACCACCGGGGCCAGAAAAAUCUUCCUGAGUAUCGGCCUAGAUUUCACCAGGACGGGCUGGGUAGUCAAGAACUGCAACCUCUGAAUCUGGUGCCAUUGGUGCUCCUGAGAGGGGCUGUCUCAGAGCAGGGACCCCCUCAUAUCCUGCAACCACUUCGGCCCCAUAUAUUGAUCCCCAGGAUCUUAGGGCCACUGUCAAGCACAAAUGCUGCAAUUGUACAGCACUCUUGGUACCAUCUGAAGCCCAAGAACUUCAACUGGACGGGACACUCAGCCGCCACUGGCUCCUGUUCAUUGUCAAUGAAGAAUGGUAGAAGGCCCUAUUUUUCCAGCGCCAGAGUCAGGCUCACUAGACAAAGCCAAGCCAGCAGAAGGCUAGAAGCUAUAAAUAGAGUCCUGGCAGAAUCGGUGCCACACACUUUAACUCCAAAGCAGGGCUAUCUUCUGCAACGGGAAAGAGAAGACAGCAGUUCAUGGACUGAAUAUGCCUUGCCCUCCAAGGUGAACUCCGAGUGCAGAGUGGUCAAGGCCAGGGCCGUCACGCUCUGCCCUGCCUCUGCCCCCGUGACGGAUCCGGCCGGCAAAAUCCUCAACCUCAGCCAGUACAGGUAAAAGCAGGAGGGGAGCCCAGCCACUCCACCUACCCUGGACAACCCCCCUCAGGUUUCCGAAGGCGCAAAACCAAAGACUGCCACCGAGUUCCAGUUUGCCAAUUUCUGGCCAGGAAUCCUGUUUGCAAAAGGCAAGACACCAAGAAUUCUUCAACACUUGAUUCUUUGGGGACCGGUAAAGCCGAAACGCUGAAGGGCCGAGGCCGGCGUGUUGUGGGCUCCUCGAGCCUAGGCUGGGUUUAGU